UCCUAUAUUUGAAAUGAGAGAAGAGCGUGCUAGGCACGAUUUCCUGGCUGAACCAACCAGGCUAAUACUUAUACAGAGCAAGGGCUGGCUGGCAUUCAGACUGGAUGGACCAGCGGGCAGGGCAACCUGAGCGGACCUGUCUCUUCCUCCUCCACCCUCCCAGCACGAUGCAGACAAGAGGCUGACAGCAAACCCAGCAUUCUGCACAGAAACACCUUCUCUUCUCGACCCCCUGACAGGCAGCUGACCCCAGGCGCCGGGAAGAUGGAGCCACGCUUGCGGAUGUGGGGGCUCUUCAUAGUCAUCAUGGUACCAGGCUGCGUGACAGAGGUUUGUCUUCACGACCCACCAGAUAUCAGAAAUGCCAUGUUCAAGAUCCUCAGGUAUGAGGUCGGCACCAUGUUAAACUGUGACUGUGAGAAAGGCUUCCGCAGGCCGAGCAGCAGGCCGCCCUACAUGCUCUGCACAGGGAACUCCAGCCACUCUUUCUGGGAAAACAGAUGUCAGUGCGACCCGACUUCAAAUCCCUCGCCACUGGCAGAAAAAGAGGCAACUUGGAUUCACUCUCAGCGCCUCCCCAACUUGCCUUUGGAACUUCCUUUCCUUCUUCCAGGUCACUGUGAGGAGCCUCCACCCUGGGAACACGGAUCUUUGAAGAGAAUUUACCAUUUCAUGGUGGGGCAGACGGUUCACUACCAGUGCGCCCAGGGAUUCAGGGACCCGCGGAGAGGCCUUGGCAAGAGCAUCUGUGAGAUGACCAGAGGGAAGACGAGGUGGACGCAGCCGCAGCUCAAGUGCAGAAGUGAAACGGAGAACAGUCAGUUUCCAGAUGAUGAAGAUCCUCCGCUCAGCACCGAGGCCCCUCCUGGGAGCGAAACUUCCCGUCCCUUAACAACCCAGAGGACAGAUUUUGAAGAACACACAGACGUGGCUGCCACCAUGGCGUCGUUCAUACUUACAACUGAGUAUCAGAUCGCAGUGGCGGGCUGCGUUCUCCUGCUCAUCAGCAUCCUCCUCCUGAGCGGCCUCACCUGGCAGCGGAGAUGGAAGAAGAGUAGAGGAACCAUCUAGAAAACGAAGAGUGCUGAGAAGCCAAGAACAGCCCGCCGAAGCCAUGGACCACAACCCAAAUCGAAGAUGCUAAACACUCAUCCAAGAGGCACCUCCUGCGGUGCCGGGAGUUUCGGAAAGCCCUGAAGCCACAUCGCAGAACACCAGGCACCUGCGGCCCCGUCAGAGCCAGCUCUGUAGUAUCAGCGAGUGAGCCUGGCCUGUGUCCAGGCAGCAAGUCCCAGGCUGCUGCAGGAACGGGCAAGAACCCCUGAAGUCUUAGUCUUAUUUUAUGUAUAUGUGUUAAUUCAAGCACAACCAGCGUGGAACUCCCUCCACACCACACACAGUAUAAAGUCACUUCAUGCUAAGGUUUUCCCACCUUCCCUGUUUAGAAAUUCCAAGGAAGGCCCUCGCACUAAUGUAAAUAGACAGGCACACGCUCUGCCCCGCGUCACUGGACCUCGUCCCUUGGUCUUUGCGGAUCCUUUCCCGGCCUCCGGGUAACUAGCUCGUCCUCCUGGUCACAGCCUUUCAGGAAUGCCCUCUAAGAACUCGGGACUGGGAAUUAGGGAGCCUUUUGUCCUUAGCUCAGGCCUCUAAACUAGCUGCCUUGCACUGAACCUUCAAUGUGGAGUUUCUGCAGAACAGAGGCUGUGGUGGGAUCAUCUCUGGGUGACACCCACC